GCAACGCAUGGAUGCAUCGCGAGAAUUAAGCUCAUGGGGACCCACCGUGUGCGUGGGGUUGCUUGGUCGCAGUGCACUGGUGAUGUUCCAGAUGCUGCCCAAGGAAGAAGGCGAUACUGCGAUAGAGCUCUUGUGCACCGUGAAGGAGAAGGACGUCGAGGUGAUUGAAUCGGUUCAACACGUGCAAGCGCACGUUUUGGCGGCGACACCACGGGAUGUCUCUCACAUGCUUAAGGAGGGCGAGCGCAAGCACGGGCUUCUUCGGGUUGAGCUUGUCUGCAGUACCGCAUGGACGCCCACCGACAAAUAUGCGGAGCGUCACAGAGUGCGUCGGUGCAUGCAUGUCAACGCUUCCCUCGCGCGGGUCUACUGGGAUCAAAUGAAUCGGGACAGCUGGCCCAAGUCUUUGCAGGACUGGCACGAGAUUGUGGUUGGCAAGACUCAAAAGCGUGCAGAGGCACCUAAGUUGACGUUGGAAACCCUGGAGAAGGCGAUGAAGGACGUGACCGUCGUCGCUGACCAGAGGGGCUUUUACAACAAGCCUAUCCAUGAUCUAGACACACAUGGACGGGUCAAUCGAAAGACGACUAAACUGGACGAAAACCCCCUCACGCGAGAAGAGCGCGAAGCCGAAGGGAUCACUUAUGGCGACCAGCAACCGAACAAGAGGAUGCGAGACAUUCCCAGCUACCGGCACAAGCCAUUGACGGCAUUGCUGCGGAACCUGCACCAACUUCUGCCGCUGGAGCGCUGCAACGAAACAGGGCAGCGACCGGCCGGAUGCAGGGAGCGGCAUGCUCCAACGAAGCCGCGAAAGCAAUCCAGCAAAACCGAUGGAGGCAUGUUCAAGUUUGCCCAGCAUGGCAUGGUUCUCCAGCUGGAGGACUUCAUCGAGGAGAAGUGCUUUGUACAGCCGACAGCUGCUGCAGAGGAGCAGGACUUUGGCUUUGUGCCGGCCGAGCUGCACAAUGUGGCCAGGGGCCUUGUUGCUUUCCUGAGGGUCAGAGCGUGCUCUUACGAUAACAUCUCGCCUCAGAAGAAGACGGAGCAUUGGAGCCAUUGCUUGGAGUGGUGGGGUUUUUGGAUGUCGGACGAGGAAAUCCAAGCCGUGGCUGCACAAGCGACGUCCCUUGCAUUUACGCACAUGCGCUAUCUGAGUGCCUACGUGCGUUUGCAUCGAGCAACGUUUGCGCAGGAAAGUGUUGCCGCUGCCUCGCAGAUGUAG